CGAAACAUUUAUUUCAACCAUAUGCACAAAAUAUAUACGAAGUGACAGAGUUCUACUCUAAGUAUUUGUUCCAACUUCACGAUGGAUAGAGUGUGGUCGUGGAGAUUAAUUGUUACGCUUUCUUUGUUCCUGCAUUCUCCAAUUUGUUCUUCUGACAAAGCUCCAAACUACUCCUUCAUGCGCGACGCCGAAGGGACUCCAACGACGUCGUACUACGACUACAUCAUCAUCGGUGGCGGGACCGCCGGAUGCCCUCUAGCCGCAACCCUAUCUCAAAAUUCUAGCGUUUUGCUAUUGGAACGCGGUGGCGCACCAUACAACAACCCAAACAUCACGAGACUCUCGGCUUUCGGAGCCGCUCUUUCUGAUUUGUCAGAAGCCUCACCGUCUCAGCGUUUCAUAUCGGAGGAUGGCGUCAUAAACGCACGUGCUAGAGUUCUCGGCGGGGGGAGCGCUCUCAACGCCGGCUUCUACACACGCGCCGGAACCAAAUACGUUAGAAACAUGGGUUGGGACGGAGGGCUAGCGAACGAGUCGUACCGUUGGGUAGAAGCCAAAGUGGCGUUUCAGCCGCCGAUGGGACGGUGGCAAACCGCUGUGCGAGAUGGCUUAUUGGAAGUUGGAAUCGUCCCUAAUAAUGGUUUCACUUAUGAUCACAUCAAUGGCACUAAGUUUGGUGGUACUAUUUUUGAUCAUAACGGCAAUAGACACACCGCCGCCGAUUUGCUGGAGUACGCCGAUCCCAAGGGUAUCACCGUCCUUUUGCAUGCCACUGUCCACCGGAUCUUAUUUCGGACUCGAGGUACCACCAAGCCAAUAGCCAACGGAGUUGUGUACCGAGACCGGAACGGUCAGGCCCACCGAGCUUACCUAAAGGAAGGCUCAUCUAAUGAGAUCAUAGUAUCCGCUGGAACACUAGGUAGCCCACAACUCCUUAUGCUAAGCGGCGUCGGCCCAUCAGCUCAAUUACAGGCACAAAACAUCACGGUGGUGAUGGACCAGCCUCAUGUGGGUCAAGGGAUGCACGACAACCCAAUGAACGCCGUGUUCAUCCCUUCUCCGGUCCCUGUUGAGGUCUCACUCAUUGAGGUAGUUGGAAUUACUGGCGAAGGAACAUACGUUGAGGCUGCUGGUGGCAAGAAUUUUGGCGGUGGUGGUAGUAGUGGCAGUGGUUCCUCUGCUAGAGACUACUAUGCGAUGUUUUCUCCAAAGGCAACGUUACUAGAGUCGAAUUCAAUGAAGUUAUCAUCAGCCCAACCUUUUCAAGGAGGCUUCAUUUUAGAGAAAGUAAUGGGCCCAUUAUCCACGGGUCAUUUGGAGCUUCUGACCCGAAACCCAAAUGAUAACCCAGUUGUGACUUUCAAUUAUUUCCAGCACCCGGACGACCUAAAAAGAUGCGUUCGAGGGAUCCAAACUAUAGAGAGAGUUGUGCAAUCCAAGGCGUUUGCACGGUUUAAGUAUGCAGAUAUGUCUUUUGAAUAUUUGCUUAACCUUACGGAGAGUACUCCAGUCAAUCUGAGGCCACCUCGCAGCGGUCCUGGAGCCUCCUUGCCUCCAUCAGCUGAGGAAUUUUGCCAACAUACAGUUACAACAAUUUGGCAUUACCAUGGAGGAUGUGUUGUGGGUAGAGUGGUCGAUGGGGAUUAUAAGGUUAUUGGUAUCGACCGACUUAGAGUCAUUGACAUGUCCACCGUUGGUUAUUGUCCCGGUACAAACCCUCAAGCCACGGUUAUGAUGCUUGGCAGGUAUAUGGGUGUGAAGAUCAUGAGAGAGAGACUCGCCAAUAAGUAGAGUUUUGAAACGGAUCAGGGUUUUAUGGAAAUUACGUUGUUACACAUGAAAUGAAUCCAGAUCUCAUUGAUCAAUGUUUUAGUAGCUGCUUAUAAAUUAUCCGUGGUACUUUUCUUGUUAGAGAAUGUGAUUUAUUGCUAGAGAAUUUUCGCACGCACGUUAA